AGCCAUGCUGCUUCGAGAUGAGGUUGACUCCGUCCCUUCGGUCUGCCACUUGAGAUCCGCCCCAUGGCCCUCGCACAUGGUGAUCGCGAAGAUCCGAGGUGCGGUUGCAGGGCCUCCUCAAGGGCGAACCAUAUUGCGGCAGGCAAGAGCAUGCUGCGCAGCGAUCAUUGCCAUCCGAUGCAUCUGCACAUUCUCUCUCGGGCGGGUUCCGUCGCCGUGCUUUGCACUGCGCCCACCCCUGGCAGCGAGGACGAUGCCCGAUGUGGCGUCCACUGAGAGGCCCAGCGUUGAGGGCAGGUUGGAUCGUGUGGGUAUGUCGGGUAUCGACGUACCUAUCCGAGCACCUGGGUUGCGGCGCGGGAUGGUUGUCUUGGCAAAGGCCGAUGCGUAUGUGGACCUCGCCGACCCCCGUGCCAAGGGCAUCCACAUGUCGCGGCUGUACCGUCAGCUCACCGAGAGGCUGCCAGAGGCGGACUUGAGCGUUCCUCUCCUGCGUUGUGUCCUUGAAGGGUUCCUUGAGUCCCACGCGGGUAUUUCUCGUACGGCGCAGAUUCGGCUGUCUUUCGAGGUGCCCGUCGAGCGCGGCAGUCUGGUCAGCGGGCUUUCGGGCUGGCGCAGUUAUCCAGUCGAGGUGGAGGCCAUUCUCGACGAGGGCGGCUUGCGGGUUUGGUUGACGCUGUCGGUGGUCUACUCCAGCACGUGCCCCUGCUCCGCCGCCCUCGCGCGGCAGCUGAUCCGGGACCGCUUCCUGCUCGACUUUGAGGGCCGGCCGGACCCCAGCACGGCGGAGGUGGCAGCAUGGCUGCUGCGCGCAGAGAGCAUCUGCGCGACGCCGCACGCCCAGCGCAGCACCGCCACCGUCCGCCUCCAGUUGGACGGCUCCGUGGAGAGCCUCGACCCGAUUGCCUUCAUCGACUCGGCGGAGGAGGCCCUGCAGACGCCAGUGCAGGCCCACGUGCGACGGGCCGACGAGCAGGAGUUCACCCUCCGGAGCGGGCAGAACCACAUGUUCUGCGAGGACGCCGCGCGGCGCUUGCAGCGCACCUUCGAGGCCGCCGACGGCGUGGCGGACUUCCGCCUCGAGGUCCGGCACGCGGAGAGCCUGCACCCGCACGACAUCGUCUGCUCCGCGUCGAAGAGCGGCCGCUCGGAAGGCAGCGCUACGCCGUAGCUGCGAGAGGCGCCCCUGUUGGCGGGAGCGGCACGCAGGGGCCCGGCGCCGAGCUGCGCAGGCGGCGGCGGGGCGCCCGCCGGGGUACGCCGCAGCUGCGGCGCGCGGCCUGCGGCUCGGCCUGGGCCUGGCGCUGCCAGCGCCGGGUGCUGCCGCCGCCCGCCGGCGGGCUCAGCGUCAAUCCGAGAAAUCCGCGCGGACCUCCGAGAUGUUAUGUUUAUGUCACUUUUUGUUCCCAUAUCCUCGGGUUCGCUUCCUGUGUGUGUGUGCGCGUGUAUGCACGCGUCCUUUUGCUGUGCGCGCGCACUUGAUUUUCCGUGUGCUGAACUUCUGCUCGUAGAGCACGAGGCCUGGCAGGGGCAUGAGUUCUCGAAGGUCGGGGGCGUCCGAA